UGAACUAAUAAUCGCAAUUUUUGUUGGUGAAUUGGUUUGUAAAAGUGAAGGCAGAGAGAGAGAGUGAAACAGCGAAAGCAAACAUGUCACUGUGCUCCAACUCCGUUCACCACUCUCCCUGCAAUACCAUUGGCAGCAGCACCAUUCUGCCACUCUGGACCAGCCAUAGCCAUAGCGUCCAAUGCGGCAAUAGGAAUUGGACUUCGCAGAGACUCAGAAUUGCUGCAAAAUCAAAAUCAGAUGCACAACCCUCACCCACCUCCCUUCUCUCUUUUCUCUGCCCCUUACUCAAGCUUUUCUCUGCAAGAGAUCCUUCUCAACCGCGCAACUUUACUUUGGAGCUAGCAACAUCUUCCUUGGCCAGCUUGUCAAGGUUUGCAUGGGGAACAAAAUCCACAGCUGAGAGUUCAUUAGACAAAGAAGUCACUUCAGAUCUUCCUUUUAGUUUGCAGCUUUUUGAAUUUGAGGCAUGCCCCUUUUGUAGAAGGGUCCGGGAAGCUUUGACUGAACUGGAUCUUUCUGUAGAGGUCUAUCCUUGUCCUAAGGGUUCUGUAAGACACAGAGAGGUGGUCAGAAGUAAUGGUGGCAAAGAACAGUUUCCUUUCCUCAUUGAUCCAAAAAAUGGUAUUUCUAUGUAUGAAAGCGGUGAUAUUGUAAAAUACUUGUUUGAGCGAUAUGGAGGAGGCAGAAGUCCAUCAUCAGGACUUUUGGAAAGCACUAUUUUCACGGGAUGGAUGCCAACAAUACUUCGAGCAGGUAGAGGAAUGACGCGGUGGGAACAUUCCAGGCCUGACCCCCCUCCAGGAAAGUUGGAGCUCUUCUCAUAUGAAAAUAACCCUAAUGCUCGAAUAGUGCGAGAGGCAUUGUGUGAAUUGGAACUUCCUUACAUUCUUCAAAAUGUCGGAGAAGGAUCUUGUCGAAUGAAGUUACUCUUGGAUGCUUCUGGAUCUAAAGAGGUUCCUUACUUUAUUGAUCACAACACUGAAUUUCAAUCUGGAGACUGCACGACGAUAUUAUCAUAUUUAUUUGAAACCUAUUCAACAGUUAUCUUGUAACUGGUUCCCGGGAAAUGAAAAUUUUUGUGCUUUGAAAUCACCACAAAGCCUAUUUUAUUGUCAUCUUUUUGUGUGAUGAACAAUGCCCUUGGAGUAUAGUCUAGAAAAAAUUGUAAAGAAUUAAUGGUAUACGGAAUGGUCAAGUGAGUCCACUGAACCUUUUGACAUUGUUUUGAAGACAUUGGGGUUGAAUUACUUGUCACUUGGACAAGUUAAACUUACUGGUUGAUGACUCCGAUCAGAUUGAAUGAUUUGUGCCCAAAUGAAGAACGGGUUCACAACUCUGUUUUCAGUAUUCUGCAGAACUCUGUUCAGCUUCUUUGUUUCCUUUAUCACUAGAGUAGCAUGGAACCAUCUUUCCAAGCUGCCUUAUGGAGUUAAAAUUAGGCAGAGCAACUAGUGUUAUUUGUGGUAUAUGUAAUGAACAAUUUGAUUAUGUACAUUUCCUGAAUCUUCCGAAAGUUCUUCCACAAAUAUUGCAAUAAAUUUGGCUUCAAAU